AUGCCAUUAAAACCUACCUGCCCUAUUUGUAAUUCCCGUAAAUGGAAUUUGGAUAGUUUAGGAGGUCAAGUAUGUGAGAAUGGACAUCAACGAAGGGGAUAUCAAAUACUAGAGAGCGAAGAAUUUUCAAAAGGCAGGAAAAAGCGUAACAUUCAACCAAAGAAAGCUAAAGCGAAUAUUAAAACACAAAGACCACUGUACGUAACCCAUAAAGAAACACAAAAAUUAUUUAUGGUGUCAACUCAAUUUGUUUUGAGAAAGUUAAUACACAUUUUAAUACAUGAAAUGGGAUUUCCACCACAAUUUGAACGGGCACCAGUUGAAAGUGACAACGAAUUUGGGGAUGCUACAACAAAAGAAAAAUCUAUCGAAGAAAAAUUUCGUAUGUCGAAUAUUUUGUAUGAGUUUAAACUUUCUUACUUGUUAUGCAUUUUACAUCUCGGGUGUAUUUGGAUGAGAUUUCCUGUAUUGAUGAAUGAUAUUCAUCGUUGGGCAAAUUCUGGUCGAUUACCAUUUAAAGAGGUUCACAGAGAAAUUCCCGAAAGUAUAAAAGCAAUUUUAAGAGGAAAAUUUUUAUCUAAAUUGUUUCAUGUCAAACGAUUAAAUUCAGUAUAUCGUUUGUCACUUAUGGAACAUACUUUUGUCAAAUUUUAUAAUAAAUAUUAUGGAAUAGUUUUUCCUGAAAUUAAUUCGUCUCCUGUACUUUAUCGGUUUAUAAGGGAUCUAAUGUUGCCAAUAGAAACAUAUUCAGUUGCAAAGGAAUUAUUACAGUUGAUUAAUUUGAAGCUUGACUGGAGUCAAGCUGCACAAUAUCAUCCAGAUAAUUUAUUAUUGGGAAUUGUAAUUGUGGUUACCAAAUUGAUUUAUGGCUUGGAUCAUAAUAAAAGUGAUAGUGACGAAAUUAUUCAAUAUUUUCCUACAUUCGAAGAUUGGAUCAAAAAAUUAAGUGAUAGGCAUGAUAAACUCUUUCAGCAAGAGAUUCCAUGGGAUUUUGUCGAUAUAAAAGAAUGGAUGGAAAAAAAUCCUGAUAAAUAUAUUGAAUAUUGUGCAGGACUAUUAUUAUCUAAUGUAAAUCAAGAAUCAAAAGAAUCAAAAGAAUCAUCAACUAUAAAUAAAAGAAAAGAUGGUGAUAAAAAAAUACAAUUGUCUAAGCCAUUCCAACAAUUCUCAAAGACAGUAGCAAUUGAGAUAGAAAAUAAAACGCUUGAAAAUGAAAUAAAUGAUCUUAAAGAAUCACUUAAACUUUAUAAAUCUCAACUUAAAAAUUCAAAGGCUGAAUUAACCAUUCAAGAAUUUUAUAAAAUUAUAAAGAAAAUCAAUAAUUUCCAAAAAAAAAUCGAAAGUUUAAAAAAUAAAGAAUUUUAUGUUGAACCAAUUGAAGAUGAAAUUCGGGAAUUAAAUUUCUGUAUAAAAAAUAAUUCAAUAGGUGAUGAAGAAUACCAGCAAGAAUCACAUCAAAAAAGUUAUAAUAUUCAGGAUAGAUAUUCUACAUUUUUAUAUAAGAAGGAUGAUGAUGAACGAUCACCAAAAUUGAAUAUUGGAGAAAAAUAUACUUCUUAUCAAUUAAAUAGAUUAAGAUUUCGUAGUAAACGUGAUGAUUGGUUUCAAAAACAAGUAGAGUUAAUUGGUGCAUAUCAUGAAGACUAUGAAAGAGUCUUGAUACUUUUUUCUAGCUUAACUGGAGAAUCCAUCAAUAAAGUACAGGCAGCAGUAAUUAAAAUUGAAUAUGAUUUAUAUAAAGCAAUUGAGAAUGAAAGUUUGUAA